CCAAAACCGUUAUCCUCUUGGUCGUACAGCUCCAGCUCUUUGGUUUCGGUCCAAAGAGAAUAAGGAGGCCCUCUUUUCUCAGGUACUCUUCCCUACGCAGUAGCAACCAAGAAAACUUGAGGUGGGGUUUGGGUGUUUAUGCAUUUACUCAGUUGGUACGUGAUUUUUGCACUCUUUGAUGCUUUACUUUCUUCGGUUUAUCUGGUGAUGCAUUUCUUGAAUUACAUAGAGAAUCUUUCGUCAAUUUUUGGUUGAACUAUGAACCACAUAUUAGACCUUAAACAAACCAAAGAAAGAUGUUGUCUUUGAGUGUGUGGGUAGCGAAUGAGGGUUUUAGUUGUCUCACGAGCACAACUUGGACUGCUUUUUUGCUUUUUUGAGAAGCUGAAAAAUGUGGGGUUACAUUCAUGUUCUUAAUGAGCACUUCAAUGGUCUUAUGCCACAACUUCAUCUUUAUUAACCGGAAACUGCAUCGAGGAUCGUGUUCUUUCCGCGAUUCAUCCAAUUCUGUGGCUCAAUUGGGUUGGAAGCGCAGGUGGGUUAGUGGGCUUAUUCCGAAUGCUAAGAAGAAUAGCCGCCAUUCGAGGAAAAGGAGUUGGUGGAAGAAGUUCUUUUUCGAGGAAGAAGGGAAUUGGCUUGGUUUGAAGGAUGAUGACAUGCUUGAGGACCAAUCGGAGGGCUCAAGUGAUGAACAGUUGUCUGAAGGAGACAAGUUUGAGGCGUGGAAGAGGAGGGCCGAGGCAAUCAUAGAGUUGAGAGAAGCACAAGAGGAUAUGAUGAAUGAGGAGAGUCGGAGAUGGGAGGAUUGGCUUGUGGAUGGGACAAACAAUGCUAAUGGUCCUUCCUGGAGUCAAGAUUGGGACAAUGGAGUAGGGGAGUCGAGGGAAGAUGUGCGGGCAGAUCCCACUGAGAUGGUUCCUGAGAGGGGUUUGGCUGAGUCUGUGAGGGAUUUGGUCCUUGGUCGGGAAGAUGAUGAUAUGCUCUAUGAAGACAGAGUAUUUCGGUAUGCCUCACUGAAUUCGGCUAAAUUUUUGGCUGUAUUGAUAAUUAUACCCUGGGCCUUGGAUUUUGUGGUACAUGACUAUGUUCUCAUGCCUUUUUUGGACAGAUAUGUAAAGACGGUUCCACUUGCGGCACAGAUGCUAGACGUGAGAAGAAGUCAAAAGCUUGAAAUGGUAAAAGAAUUAAAAUUUGAGAAAGCAAGAUUCCAGCUUGAGGUAGAGAUUGGUAAAUCUCCACCUCUUUCUGAUGAAGAAGUUUGGUGGGAGUUACGGCAUAAAGCAUUAGAGUUGAGAGAUGAGUGGAGGUUAGAGAACCGUAGAGCAUUUGCCAACAUAUGGUCAGAUGUGGUAUUUGGGAUCUCAUUAUUCAUUCUUUUAUACUUCAAUCAGGCUAAAGUAGCUUUGCUGAAAUUCACAGGUUACAAAAUAAUAAAUAAUAUUUCAGAUACUGGGAAGGCAUUCUUAAUUAUUCUUAUCACAGAUAUUUUUUUAGGGUAUCACUCUGAAUCUGGAUGGCAGACUUUGUUAGAGAUAAUUGUUGAGCAUUAUGGGUUUGAGGUUGAUCAGUCUACUAUAACCAUAUUUAUCUGCCUAAUUCCAGUUAUCAUUGAUGCGUGUGUGAAACUCUGGUUGUUUAAAUUCCUUCCAAGGUUAUCCCCUAAGGUGGCAAAUAUUUUCCGCGAAAUGCAGCGUCACUAGUGAAAAUUUUAAUUAGGGUUUCCUCUGACAAUUUGAGGAAAUUCUAAAGGAAGGUAAUUUGUAUCAGCAACAGGAGAAUUUUCUUCCUCAAUCUUCCUUUUUUAUAGAGAGGCGUAUAUGGUUUUGAAUGUAGUUGGCUAUUCUAUGUAAAGCUAGGAGAUUGUUGUCUUCCAAGCACCAAUGAUUCACUUGGAUUAUUGUAAUAUAGUGAAGAUCAGUCUUUACUAUGAAAAAACAUAAAAUUUUGUUCAUCAAUUAUACCUUUUCAUAAUAAUGAUAUAGAGACUGCCUUGUUUAUAA